AUGGCCGAGGUCGGUGGCUCUUUCAAGGACUCUCUCUCACAGGCUCAAAAGGACGAGCUUCGUGCUAUCGCACAGAAGAUUGUCGCUGAUGGCAAAGGAAUCUUAGCUGCUGAUGAAUCUACUGGAACCAUCGGUAAGCGUCUUGACAACAUCAACUUGGAGAACAACGAAACCAACAGACAGAAAUACAGACAACUUCUCUUCACCACUCCACAACUCGCUGAGCAUAUCUCCGGAGUCAUUCUUUACGAAGAAACUUUCCACCAAUCUGCUGAUAAUGGAGAACGUUUCGUUGAUCUUUUGACCAAGCAAGGUAUUGUUCCCGGUAUCAAGCUUGAUUUGGGGGUUGUCCCACUUGCUGGAACUAUUGGUGAAGGAACCACUCAAGGUCUUGAUAACCUUGCCCAACGUGCCGCUGUUUUCAAGAAGGGAGGUUGCGGAUUCGCUAAAUGGAGAUGUGUUUUGAACAUCGGAACUCACACUCCAUCUCACCUUGGAAUGCUCGAGAACGCCAAUGUUUUGGCCAGAUAUGCCACUAUCUGCCAAGCCAACGGACUCGUCCCUAUUGUCGAGCCCGAAGUUUUGUGCGAUGGAGAACAUGAUCUUGCUCGUGCCCAAAAGGUCACCGAACAAGUUCUUGCUUUCGUCUACAAGGCUCUUGCUGAUCAUCACGUAUACCUUGAGGGAACCCUUCUCAAGCCAAACAUGGUCACCCCAGGACAAAGCUGCCCAGUUAAAGCCAGCCAUGAAGCUAUCGGACUCGCUACCGUUGAGGCUCUUCGUCGUGGAGUCCCAGCCGCUGUUCCCGGAAUCACCUUCCUUUCUGGAGGACAAUCUGAACUUGAUGCCACUGCCAACCUUAACGCCAUCAACCAAUGCUCUCUCGGUAAACCAUGGAAGCUUACCUUCUCCUAUGGACGUGCCCUUCAAGCUUCCGUUCUUAAGGCUUGGGGAGGAAAAGAUGAAAACAUCCCAGCUGCCCAAAAAACUCUCUUACAUAGAGCUAGCGCCAAUGGUCAUGCUUCCCUCGGAAAAUACAGUGGAGAAGACGCCGCUGGAGCCGCUGCCGAAUCUCUCUUUGUCGCUAAGCACAGCUAUUAA